GGUUUGACAGCUCUAAUUGGUUGAGAAAGCAGCAGCAAAAGGAAAAAGGCCAGAAAAAAAUCGUAAAACUACGAAAACCUACAAGUGCGGGGCAACCGAGGAAGCUGUUGCACAAACACACAGGCACACACAAACACACACACACGCGCCGUACCGCGAACCGCACGCCACGCCCACGCGCGCCCGCCCCCAACUCCGGUCGAGCGGGACAGAAAGAAAAGAGAAGCGACCAGCAGCGGUGGUGCAAGCGAAGUAGAAGUGGGAAAAUUCCAGGCUCGCAAAAGGAAUCGCCGCCCACGCCGUCAGUUGCCAUCGCCUCGCCACCUGGUUAACCCUCUAAAACCGAGCAGUACCCGCAGCAGCCAGCGCCACAAACUCCGCAACAUGGACGUGUUCCUCAUGAUCAGGCGGCAGAAGACCACCAUUUUCACGGACGCCAAGGAGAACACAACGGUGGCCGAGCUGAAGCGAAUGAUUGAGGGCAUACUGAAGGUGCAGCCGGUGGACCAGCGGUUAUACAAUCAGGACAACGACGUCAUGGAGGACGAGAGCACGUUGCAGGACUACGGCGUGACGGUGUCCACGGCUAAGGCGCAGGCUCCGGCGCAGCUGGGCUUGACAUUCAGGAACGAGGUGGGCGACUUUGAGACACUGGACAUGACACCCUACUCGGCACCGCCAGACUUACCCGAAGUGAUGAAAAACCAAGAGGCCUCGAACGGACAGGAGCAGGUUGCAUAAAUCAGUCAGUCAAUCAAUCAGUCAGUCAAUCAGCCCCUACGAGAACAACAAACAGCAGCAAACACAUCAUCAAAAGCAACAGCAGCAGACAAACUAAAUCCGCUAAAUCCAGA